AUGGAUAAGUCAUGUAUUAAUAUUCGACAGGUAGUUUCUACAUUACCAUUAUCUGUACAUAAUGAGUUGGAAGAAAUAAUUCAUUAUUUAUACAUGAUCAUUUAUCCUAUUAUAUUCAUUGUUGGUCUUAUUGGUAAUUUACUUUCAUCAUUACUUUUCUCUAUUACUGAAUUGAAUCAAACUUCAUGUGGUAUCUAUUUUCUUCUUCUUUCAAUAUUCGAUUCAUUAGCAUUAAUUGGUGGUCUUCAUCAUUGUUUAACAAUUGGUUAUCAUAUUACUGUACCUAAUGCUUCUUAUUGUCGUAUCCGUAAUUUAGUUUUAUAUACAUCGAUGGAUAUGGCUUCAUGGAUGGUUGUAGCGAUAUCAGUUGAUCGUUAUCUUAAAGUUAAAUUUCCUAUUAAAACACGUAUUUAUUGUACAAAAAAAUUAAAUAUAAUUGUAUCGUGUAUAUUAACUGUAAUUCUUACUUUAAAAAAUAUUCAUCUUUCAACUAAAUUUAUUGGAAAUAUUUCUGAUGAUGCAGAUGAUUAUUGUGGUCCAAAUCCGAAUUAUCCAACCUAUAUGUCAUUUUUUAAAAAUAUAUGGCCAUGGAUUGAUUUAACAACAUUUGCACUAUUACCAUUUGUUAUUGUUACUUUAUGUAAUAUUUCUAUUGUAUAUGAUCAAUAUAAACGACAUUUAAAAUUUGGACGUCGUAAUCUUGAUCGUACAUUAAUUAAAUUUCUUUUAAUUAGUUCAUUUUCGUUUAUAAUUUGUAAUUUUCCAAUAUCAAUAACAGUUGUUCUAUAUCCAUAUAUUUCAAAAAGUUAUGGUACAAAAGAAACUUAUGAUGAAGCUGCAUUUAUAUUCGAUAUUUUACGAUUACCAUCUUAUGCGUCAUUAGCAUUUAAUUUUUAUAUAUAUUAUUAUUCAUCAAGUAUAUUUCGACAACAUGCUAUUCUUCUAUUUAAACGUAUAUUUCGAAUACAAUUAAAAGAUGAUCUUGAUCAUGUUUCAUUGGAAAAUAUGAUUCGAAGACAAAUUCAAAAACAAUCGAAAUUAAACGAAGCAUUUGAAGAAAAAUAA